AUGUCGAGAAAUGUUGAGAUCAAAGCGAAAGUACGCAAUCGUGACGAGAUCAUACGAUUAGCGAGGGAACUCACUGGUAAGGAACCAGCAGUUUUGCAGCAGCAUGACGUCUUCUACAAUUCUCCAGAAGGGCGUCUCAAAAUGCGUACUGUAGAAGAGGACGGAGUGGUGCGCUCGGAACUAAUUUGGUACGAUCGUCCAGACGUAGCAGGACCAAAAGAGAGCAAAUUCCACAAAUUUGAUAUCCCUCAAGAGGUGCUCAGUGCACUGAGUACCACCCUUCAGUGUUCGAUGGGGAUCAAGGGAGAAGUGAAGAAAACCCGAACGCUUUUUAUGUGUGGUAGAACGCGCAUUCACAUUGAUUCUGUCGAAGGCCUUGGAGAUUACAUGGAGCUGGAGGUAUGCCUUUCUGAGCAAGAAUCUGCAGUGGAUGCGUAA